GAACCCAUUGACACGCGUCGUUAUCUGCUAGGGUCUCAGCGCAUUUCUCCUUGACUCUCGUGCCUUCUUACCAUUCUUUAUUAAACUUCCUUCGGCCGCUCCUUAUACAUCAAUAUGGCUUCCAACGGUGCCGAUUCACCACAGGGCGUUGCCUCGCCACCUCCUGCCGCCUCCCCAGCUGCUGUUUCUGACAACAAGAACAUUGUUCGACGAAAGCUGACCGGCUAUGUUGGAUUUGCCAACCUUCCCAACCAGUGGCACCGUAAGAGUGUGCGAAAGGGCUUCAACUUCAAUGUGAUGGUUGUUGGCGAGUCCGGUCUGGGCAAGUCGACUCUGGUCAACACUCUGUUCAACACCUCCUUGUACCCUCCCAAGGAGCGCAAGGCGCCUAGCCUGGAUAUUAUUCCCAAGACUGUCACCAUCCAGUCCAUCAGCGCUGAUAUUGAGGAGGCCGGUGUUCGUCUGCGCCUGACCGUUGUUGACACCCCCGGCUUUGGCGACUUCGUUAACAACGAUGAGUCUUGGCGCCCCAUUGUCGACAACAUUGAGCAGCGUUUCGAUGCCUACCUCGAUGCUGAGAACAAGGUCAACCGAAUGAACAUUGUUGACAACCGAAUUCACGCAUGUGUCUUCUUCAUCCAGCCCACUGGCCACUCCCUCAAGCCUCUGGACAUUGAGGUUAUGCGACGUCUCCACACCAAGGUCAACUUGAUCCCUGUCAUUGCCAAGUCCGACACCCUGACGGACGAGGAAAUUGUCAGCUUCAAAGCCCGAAUCUUGGCCGACAUCAAGCACCACGGCAUCCAGAUUUUCGAGGGUCCCCGAUAUGAGCUCGACGACGAGGAGACGAUUGCCGAGAACAACGAGAUCAUGUCCAAGGUUCCUUUCGCCGUUGUUGGCGCCACCAACGAGAUCAAGACCGCCGACGGCCGCAAGGUCCGCGGACGUGAUUACCCAUGGGGUAUCAUUGAGGUCGACAACGAGGAGCACUGCGACUUUGUCAAGCUCCGACAGAUGCUCAUCCGCACACACAUGGAGGAGCUCAAGGAGCACACCAACAACAACCUGUAUGAGAACUACAGAACCGACAAGCUGCUUGCUAUGGGUGUUUCACAAGAUCCUAGUGUCUUCAAGGAGGUCAACCCUGCUGUCAAGCAAGAGGAGGAGCGUGCCCUGCACGAGCAGAAGCUUGCCAAGAUGGAGGCCGAGAUGAAGAUGGUCUUCCAGCAGAAGGUGGCGGAGAAGGAGAGCAAGCUCAAGCAGUCAGAGGAGGAGCUCUACGCUCGCCACCGGGAGAUGAAGGAGCAACUCGAUCGCCAGCGCCUGGAGCUCGAGGACAAGAAGCAGCGCGUCGAGAGCGGGCGGCCGAUAGAGAAGGAAGGCAAGCGAAAGGGAUUCUCACUGCGAUAAACGGCCAGUGGUCCCGCCGCCCGAUCGAUCUCGAGUUGCGAAUUGCUUUCCUGCACGAUCAAUAUCAGAAUAUCCAUGAUGUCCAUACAAUAUCUGCUCGACGCCUUUCCUUUUCUCUUUUC